AGAUUCCAAAAAGUUGAGACAAUUAAUAGAAGUGAAUGACCGCGUGAAAAAUAGUGUUAUCAAUUGCACGUGGAACACGUUCGGACGACUUCGGCCAAAGCCGAGGGUAUAUCGUCGAGCCGGUUCCACCCUCCAACAAAUAUUGAAGAAGAAACACCCUCGGCGUGUAAAUCUAACCUCAAAAUUCCAUUUGACAUUGCUGCUGGAGAUUGAAAGUUGUUUUUUUUUUUUAAAAAAGGCGCUAUGCGGUUUUGAAUAUUAUUGUGGUGUGUCGGUUAUUUCGCCGAUUAGUAAACCGUUAAGAUACAAUAAUAAUAACAAACGCACGUGCUUUACUGGAGUUUUGGAGAAGACAACAAUGUCGUUUAUAAAAUCUACCGGCGAUGUAAUUGGAUUUCUUCUACUUUCGGCAGUAGCUAUUGUUGAGAGUUUGGUCCGGAUGUUUAUACCAUUAAAAUAUAGAAUGAAAAGUGUUUCCGGCGAAAUUGCACUUAUUACUGGUGGUGGCGGUGGACUUGGACGAUUACUUUCUCUUCGCUUGGCUAAUCUUGGUGCUAUUGUUGUUGUUUGGGACAUCAAUAAACAAGGUAUCGAUGAAACGGUGAAAUUGGUACAAGCUUCUGGUGGAACUUGUUACGGGUAUCUCUGUGACCUCUGUGAUCGUGAAGACGUUUACAAAAAAGCGUCAAUUCUGAGAAAAGAAAUCGGAAGAGUGUCAAUUCUUGUAAAUAAUGCUGGAAUAGUUAGUGGACAGAAAUUCUUGGACACUCCCGAUAAAAUGAUAAUACGAACAAUGGACGUGAAUAUUAUGAGUCAUUUUUGGACAGUGAAGGCCUUUCUACCAGAAAUGUUAGAAGAAAAUAAAGGCCACAUAGUCAGUAUAGCAAGUUUAGCAGGACACGUAGGAGUUUCUAAAUUAGUAGAUUAUUGUACAUCGAAAUUCGCUGCAGUCGGUUUCGAUGAAGCUCUUAGGAUUGAGCUUGAAGCUGAAGGCUACAAUAUUAAUACCACCGUAGUAUGUCCCUACUUUAUUCGCAGUACAGGAAUGUUCGAAGAAGUUCUUUCGAGGUUUGUACCGACAUUGAGUCCAAACGAAGUGGCUGACAGUGUCAUCAAAGCAAUGAGAUGUAAUGAAAAAUUUGCAAUUCUUCCGGGUUAUCUGCAAUUAAUGUUAGCGAUUAAAUGGAUGUUCCCAUGGACAUGUGCCAGUAUGUUUCUCCGAGGUCUUGUAAGAGAUGUUAGUCCAGGAAAAAAAACCCCCGUUGUUCUAUCAGAAAAAUUGGAAGUACCAAAUGAGCCUACCAAAGAUCAAAAUGGAUCUGCAUUACAUCAACAAUUGACUAGACGUAUUUCUAGUUCCGAACGAAAACCCUAGGAUUUACCAAUAAAAUGUUCUUCGUCUCGAAAAAAAGAAUUAUGAAAAAUUGCAAGAGUUUAAAUAAUUUAAAAUGCUAAAUUUAGCAGGAAGGAAGCAAGCGAAAAAUAACGUGAACAAAACUCACGCUUUCGCGAGUAUUCAUUCAAUAGAACUGUGAAUCAAAGGUGUUCAUCUAUAUGAUGAGAGAAGAAAUGGAGGGGAAAAAAAAGUAGCACAAAUGUAUAAAAAAAAAAAAAUUUGCUUCGAUUUCUUGAACUUUGAUCAGGAGAAAUAAUUUAUCGAAAUUCCGGGCAGUUUCAUUUUUUCUGAAACUGUUAUGUAAGUUUAGCAAACGUUCACAAAAUGGUCUUCCAUUUUAAAAACAGAGAAUAUUAAUUUCUUAGAAAAAAAACUAGAUAUUUUAUCUAUUUCUAAUUAAAUUUAUUAGAAAAAAAAAACUAUAAAUUAUUGUAUAGUCAACGGGACCAUAAAAUCAUAUCAUUUUUACUCUUUUUUAAUUUUAAGAAUAUUUAGUCCCUUUUUUAUUUAAAAAAUACAGUUCAUGGAUUGAACAUUGUGACUUAAUUGUAAAUUUGUAAAUUUUAUUUCAAUUGCCAUUGAAAGAAAUGUCAGGCCUAGUGCCAUUACACUUGCCUUUAAAAAUCGCUGAGCGAUUCUUUAUUAUUAACGAUCCUAUAGAUUUUAAGAUUAUUCGAAAUAAUUCAGAUUCUUAUUGUAAGAUUGUAUUUUUAGAAUAAAAAAAAAAAAAAUUAUCAA